UUUAAAUUUGACGUUCGCUCCUAACCAAUAAUUUAAAAAAGGGCUGUAGUUGUUUAUAGGGGCAAAAUGAAUUCAUCAACAAGUACAGAUACGUCUAACCAGCCGGAUUUAAUAAUGCAAUUGUGUAAUCACUUUGCAAAAAAUAAGCCAGUUUUGGCCACGAAUUUAUGUAAAACUGCGUUUAGUUUCCUAUGUUCGCCGUCGGAUAUGGAAUGUAAUAUUCCAAGUGACGAACAAUUUGUUGUUGUCCAAAUCAGGGAAAUGCUGAGGGAACAAUCAACAAACAGUGUUGAACAGUUUGAAUUGCUUUACUCUAAUAUCUGUAAAACGAAUGUGUUACAAAACCGGGCUUCAGUCAUGAAUUUUCUGCUAAAACUUGCCAAAAUUUCACAAAAAGAAGUCAGAUGGGGGACAAUAGAAAGCCUCGAUAGAUUCCCUUCAACGACCAUAACAAGGCCUAAAUCACACUAUUUUCUGAAAAGUGGUAAUUCUCAAGAGUCUAUAAGAAGUAUUUUUCAAGGACACUCUGCCCUGAAGUCAGUACAAUCCAGUAGCACUAAUAUUCCGUCAUCACGGGUCACGACAGCGGCUUCCAGUGUUUGGUCGAAGAAUGAAUUGGAAUCUGUUUCUUCCCAUCUACCUUCCGACACCAAUCUAGUAUCCGACCGCGAGCUUCUGCAAGACAUCAUCUACUCCUUCCAAGGCAUAGAGGGGCGCUUCCUGCGCAAAGAAGUAGCCGGUUUGGGAUUCACCAUUGACCCCAAAGCCGGCAAAAACCUCACCCCUAUCCAACGCGGUCUUAUGGAGCGCCUCACGGGGAUGAGCUUCCUCCAUAAUCAACUCAAACAAUACUGCGACUCAAAUGACGAACACGGGGGCGUCAUCUGUCUCGCCCUCAUCGCCACUCUCCGCGACGAACUCUCCUCUUACUACCGCACCAUUGCCCUGCUUCAGACUGCGCUUAAGAAACAUCCCCAUGACCAGCCCCAGAUGAAUCUUCACAAGGCACUGGUGUACAUCCACGAGCACCGAAUGCGCUUUGAGUGGCUCGCGUACAUCGCCGAGCAGUGUAACGAGAAAAAAGGGGGCGCGUUGAUUACUGCAGUCCACGGGUUUCUGCAGCACGGGUCAAAGUGCGCCCAGGAGGUGUCAGAGAAGGUGCUGGCGGCGGUGUGUAAGCCGUUGUUUAUCAUGUUGUCGCGGUGGUUGUUAGAUGGGGAGAUAAACGAUGCGUGUAAUGAGUUUUUUAUCGAAGCGAGGGACAUAGCCGCGGCCGAGAGACUGUGGCACGAUAAGUAUCACGUGAGGAAGGCCAUGGUGCCAUCGUUUAUCACGAUGGAGCAGGCGAAGAAGAUACUGGCAACGGGGAAGAGUAUUAAUUUUUUGAGACAGAUUUGUAAGGAUAGUGGGCAGUUGCCAGAAAGGGAUGUGUUGCAGAAGUUGUCAAAGACGACCUCAGAAUCGUUAUUUUCACCCGAACAAAGCCUCGAAUUCGACUCGGCCCUCGAAAAAGUCUACCGGGAAACGUCGCUCCGAGUCCUUGACCUCCUCAAAAACAAAUACCGGCUAUACGAACAUUUGCAAUCCCUUCGGAGAUACCUCUUACUCGGCCAGGGUGACUUCAUCCGCCACUUGUUAGAACUCUUAGUCCCUGAACUAAACAAGCCGGCGCAAGAAAUCUACAGUCACACCCUUUCUACAAUUCUCGAAUCAGCGAUCCGCGUAACCAACGCCCAAUUCGAAGACGAGGACACCCUUCAACGGCUCAAUGCCAGCUUCAUGGGGCACUCGCAGGGUGACACCGGAUGGGAUGUUUUUAGUCUCGUUUAUAUCGUCGACGGUCCCGUUGGGACGAUUUUUCAACCCACAAUGACGACAUACCAGUGUCUUUUCGGUGCUUUAUGGAAGGCCAAACGCAUGGAGUUCGUCUUGGCCAAUAUGAGAAAACAGCAAAUUUCAAUGGCCAAAAAGUUCCGCAAAAUAAGAGAACUCAAACCCGUCAUGCAUAUAAUCCACAUUCUCACAAGCGAAAUGAUCCAUUUUUUGCACCAAACUCAGUAUUACUUUCUCUUUGAAGUGUUGGAGUGCUCCUGGGCGGAAAUGCUGCGACGGGUGAAUCAAGCCGAGUGUUUGGAUGAAAUUAUAAGCGCACACACGAUUUUUUUGAAUUCGGUUCAAUGUGGAGUGCUGUUGGAUGAGAGUUCGAGGCAGUUGUUUUCGCAGUUGAGGUCAAUUUAUAAUUUUAUUUUGACGUUGGAGGGACAUCAGGAGGCACUGAAUGAGGCUGCCACGAAAGAGUAUGACGCUUUCAUGGCCCUCAAGGCCAUGACUGAGAAUUCUGAGAUGUUUGGAAUGACCAGUGAGGAUGAAAUAAUAGCGAAAGCGCGGGUUGAAAAUUUUCACGAAUUCUUGAAUAGCAUCCGGACCAAAGUGAAACAUUUAGCACAAACGUAUGAACAAUUCGUUAAGAAAUAUUUAUUGCUGCUGUCGUCGAGUUCGAAUAUGAAUCUCCAAUUACUGAGCGUGAGACUUAGUUUUAACGAUUAUUAUAAAAUUAUUUGACCGGAAACAGACUUUGUGUACAAUCAGCCGUCUCAAUUUGUAUAUAUUGCGCAAUCGCCGAGUUCUACUGUUAGCAAAUACGGAAGUUGUGACUCUCUACUUCGUACAAAGAAAAAACAGAAACAUAUCUGAUGUUGUAUUGGAUGAAAGGGUGCAACCUUUCAUCUGGGACUUAAUUAUGUAAUGGAAGUGCAAAUUUGAGCAACAGCUCGGCUUCAAAUAAACCAAGUUAUUCAUUA